AUGGCAGUCGUUCAAGGGACUCAGACCAGCCUCUCCUUCUGGCCCAGCUUGAAAGAAGUCAUGUACGAGCCUUUUCAAGAUCAGCAUAUCCCGCAGAAUGAGUCUGUCAUUCAUACUCCAGGCCUAGACAUGACUCCAAGUUCAUGGACGAACAGUCUCCGGCAGAUUCUGGUCGCAGGCACCCUAUUGGCCAUUCCCUUUAUUUUCAACUAUUUGUUCACACUAUCACUAUAUCAUUGGGCAAACAUGCGAAGGAAACCGGGGCAGACACCGCCUGAGUAUCCCGCAAUGCCCAUCAUAGGAAGCACUUUUUCGUUCUUGUGGGACAGCGCUUCCUUUGUGGCAAAGGCAACAACAUACGCCGGCAAGCUGACAUGUGUUCGUAUUUCACUGCUCAUCAAUGGUAUCUAUCUCGUUUCUGAGCCCAACGCCAUUGCCGAUAUGUGGAAGAACCCAAACCUUUCUAGCCCCAUCUACGUAUAUACAGUGGGACUGCGUUAUAUCUUCGGCAUGCACGAAAAAGGAAUUGAGGCCUAUACGGCUGAUGAUUCGGGACCAUAUCGCAAGCCUCAUCCGUUUAGCAAUGUCGAGCCACAGGACCGCAUCGACUUUCUCACCCAUGACUCGCUGCUCCGCGGACUGACGAGCCACUCAAUGCUCCGAACAUUUGAACGCUUCCAAACUAUCCUCAAAAGAAACCUCGACGCUGAAGACAUUGGCGACGAAUGGAUCGAACACUCGGAUCUCUUCGCCUUCUUCCGCAACACUGUCGGCAAAGCCGUCCUCGAAUCCCUCUUCGGCCCCUCCCUCCUCGCCAUCAACCCAAACUUCACCCGCGACCUCUGGGAAUUCGACGAACAAGUCGUCAACCUCGCCAAGCGUCUCCCUCGCUUCCUAGUCCCCAGCGCCUACCGCGUCCGCGAGCGUCUUCUUGCUCAAAUCCAAAAUUGGUACAACUACGCGCGCCAGCACUUCCGCGACAACAACACCGACCAAGACACCCAAUGGGACCCCUACUGGGGCUCCAUCAUGAAUCGCGAGCGCCAGUCAAUGCUCCUGAGCAUCUCCGGUCAAGACGACGCCGCCGUCGCCUCCACCGACCUCGGUCUCAUCUGGACCUCCGUCACCAACGUCGUGCCCUCCACCAUGCUAACCGCCUACCACAUCUUCUCCGACCCGCAACUCCUCUCCCGAAUCCGCACCAGCAUCUCCGACUCCAUCUCACAUGACCCGGAAACGGGCUUCGACGCAUCAAUGGACAAGCUCCUCCAAAAAGACCUCUUCCAAUCCGUCUAUGCAGAGACACUCCGCUUAUACGUUCAGUCGUAUAUUACGCGUUGCUCAGCGCAUGAAUGCGUAACCGUCGGCGACUGGACCCUCCCCCGCAACGAAGUCUCCAUGGUGAGUUCCUACGUCGCCCACAUGAACACAUCCCUCUGGAACGAGCGCGGUGGCGCCCACCCCGUCACUUCCUUCUGGGCCGACCGCUUCAUUCUCGACCCUGCCGACCCCGCCUCGGGGCCUCUCGACCCAUCCUCCCCCGAAGCCAGCGAUAUCCGUUCGAAACUCGCAACCAAAGACCCUCAUUUCUCGGCAAAAGGGUUGGCGGGCGCGUGGAUACCGUAUGGUGGGGGUUUCAGCGCCUGCCCCGGGAGGUUGCUGGCGAAGAGGAUUAUUCUGUUCACGUGUGCGUUGUUGGUGAGUGAAUUUGAGGUCGAGGUUGAAGGGAGGCGGGUGGAGAUGGAUUCGAGUGGAUUUGGACUGGGGACGCAGAAGCCGAAGGGGAGGAUUGGGUUUAGGAUUCGAAGGAGGAGGGCGUGA